UCAAAAAUGCCUGACACGUCUUCUCUAAAGUGCUGCCAGGGUAACGAUUCGGUUACUUCGAUAUCGAACGAUGAAAAUGAUGCGAUUUGUAACGCGAAAAACCAGUAUACCCUAGUACCCUCUAAAGAUAUUCUGUUGAACAAUAAUGUGCAUAAUGACAACGAGCGAUGCCAGUAUACAUUUCCGAAACGCCAGAGGGUAGAUUUGGAGUUUAAGGAUGUGACUUUUAGUAGCAGCAGUUGGUCUAUGACUAAAUUUAAAAGGGAAUCCAAAAAGAUUCUACAUGGAGUCUCUGGAAAAUUCAAGUCAGGAGAGCUGUCGGUCAUCAUGGGACCCUCGGGAGCUGGCAAGAGUACUUUAUUAAAUAUUUUAGCUGGAUUUGUGACAAAAGGAAGUACAGGUGACGUCACACUAAAUAACAUAGUCCGAGAUCAAAGCCCACGGUUUCGCAAGUUAUCGGCCUACAUUCCUCAAGACGAAGAGCUGCGUCUAGGCCUGACGGUCAUGGAGGCCAUGACUUUCGCGGCCAACUUAAAACUGGGUUAUUCAGUUUCCCGUCAAUAUAAAAUGCAACAGGUCGUAGAAAUAUUAACACUUCUUGGACUUGACCAAAGUCAUCAUACGUUGACCUCAAGAUUAUCUGGUGGACAAAGGAAAAGACUAGCAGUGGCCCUUGAACUGCUCAGCAAUCCUCCUAUAUUAUUUCUGGAUGAACCUACGACGGGUCUAGACAGUUCCUCAUGUAGUCACUGCAUAUAUUUAUUCAAAAGGUUAGCACAGGAAGGAAGAACUAUUGUUUGCACAAUACAUCAACCUUCUGCUUUACUAUUUGAAAUGUUUGAUAAGCUCUACGCCUUAUCGGAAGGAAAAUGCAUUUAUGACGGACCUGCAACCCAAUUAGUUCCAUACUUAAAUAAUUAUAACAUCAAAUGUCCACCCUACCACAAUCCUGCUGAUUUUUUGAUGGAAGUUGCUAUUGGAGAACAUGGGAUUGACCUGAACGUACUGGCUGAUGCAGCAAAGGAGUAUCAAAAUAAAAAUGAAAUUGUUGAAAAUGCAAAAGGAAAAGAAAGCCAAUUCUUAGCCACAGAACAAAUGAUGGAUCUUAAUACUGAUAUACCAUCUUUAUCACCAGCUCCAGUAAUUAUGCAGUUUUUCUUGCUGUAUAAACGGAACUUACUUCAGAAUAAACGAAAUUGGCUGUAUCCCUUAAAUAGACUUCUAGCUCAUAUAGCUAUAGGAUUUCUCUUUGGUUACCUAUAUCAAGGGGUAGGAGCCAAUGCCAAUCAAGUACUAGCUAAUUAUGUUUAUUUAUACGGAACCAUGUUACUUAACGUAUAUACUGGAAAAAUGUCUGUUACAUUAUCAUUUCCAUUGGAGAUGAAGAUUCUUACACGGGAGCAUUUCAACAGAUGGUAUAAACUUUCACCGUACCUUAUGUCUGUGAUAUUGAUAGAGAUACCUUUUCAAGUUCUGUGUACGUGGACUUAUAUCGUUAUAUCCUAUUAUUUGACGAGUCAACCGAUAGACUACCGAGCAGGUCUUUUCAUUCUAUUUGUUACUCUUGGUACUCUGUGUGCACAGUCGAUGGGAUAUUUCAUUGGAGCUACUACGAGUACAAAGAUUGCAGUCUUCAUCGGUCCUGUUUUAGCAUGUUGCUUCUCAAUCUUCGGGUUCUGUCUACGUCGUUACGAUACACCUAGCAUGUUUAGAUGGCUGUUUUCAAUAAGUUACUUUAGAGCUACUUUCCAUGGAGUUGUUGUGGCUGUGUACGGGUUCAACCGGAAGGACCUCUACUGUCCGGAAGACGAGACAUACUGUCAUUACUCUGACCCUGCUAAGUUUUUAAAGGAAAUGGAUAUUGUCAAUAUUGAUUUGGUAUCAAAUAUCUCUAUGGUGGUUUUUAUAUGGUGUCUUAUGCAUGCUGCGACAUAUUUGACGCUGUGGUUAAAACUAAAUAAGCGGUAAAAACAAUUAAGGAUUUUAAUUCUCAUAAUAAAGUUUUCUAAAUAGAAAAAGUGUUAUUAAAGACCGAAUUGUGUUUGUUUAUUUUAACUUUAUUCUUCUCUGUUAAUAUAAAUUCUUUCAAUUUAGUUUUUCUGUGAUAGUAUCAAACAGACCAUGGCCAGUAAAAUCAGGACAUGUGAUAAGUUCGUUGUAGCAGGUUUUGCAUUAACCAAAGAACUUUAUUUGAAAUUUAUUUUAUAAAUUAAGAAAAGUAUUAUGAUGUCUUAUAUAUAUUUCGUAUAUAUUUAAACUAGACUUAUAAAACUCAUUUGUUAAACCUUGAUGUGAUUGUAUUACUGCAGUAGCUGCCUUAAUUUACAUACAUAUUGUUUUCUUGCCGAAAAUCUAAAAUUAUUUUAUGUUAUGGUUUUAUUUAAACUUAGAUCCUUAAUUUCUUGCCGCUAGUCAGUUAGACAAGCUAGAUUUAGUGCAUAAAUGUAUAUCUUUAACCGGUAUUUAUUUACUUUUUGAUUAAAUAUAUGACACGAUUUUUAACAGA